AUGCACAAAAAUGCCCUUUUUAAAGGUCGCAGCACUCUUGUUGCCAUGGUAACAACGGCUGCUUGUUCGAGGCCUGGGGCCUCAUUUUCAUACAAAAACGUCGCAAAAAAAGAGUGAAAUGUUUAUUUCUCUAUCUCAAGCUGAAUACAACAUUACAAAUUGGCACUUCUACCAUAUAUAGUGACAUCAUUCGUCUUCACUUUGAUUUAUUCAAUUUUCCCUGGGAGUGAAUGUGAACACACCAAUAGAUUAUUCAUGUCGGUACAGUUUCGGUCAUUUUUGUUGUCGGGUAAAACAGGGAAAACGUUUAUCUGAAUUUCUCCAAAAGUACACCAAUACUGGAACUGAAACUAUCCACCUAGCUGGUUAUAAUAUUCUAUUUUUUAAAUAUGUAAAAAUCUCUGCGGGCCUGUCUCUACUUUUUGUAGGGGCAAUUCGCGAAAAAAGCUCAAAAUCAGAUAUUGCAUAAUUUAGCGAUGUUUGCAUCUAAUGUUCUCAACAACAAAUGUUUCAGACAAAUGAAACGAGCGAGGCUUUGGAAGAAUGUUAUCUUAUGAGUAAUAUCCCGAAGAGAAAUCUCGCCUCUGGUUGUCAUCUUUUAAAAAAAUUGAUCAAACUUCAUGGAGGACUAGACAUGUACGUUAUCACGAUAGCGUGACGCUGUAUUUCUUCAUGAAGUUUCCAUCGGUCGCUCCAAAGAAGACAGGAAAUGGUUAUUUUUCUUAUAUGUCUGCAGAUUUCCGCUUACUGAAGUAAAAACAACCAAAAAAAAAAGAGGAAAACCUUAAUUGAACGCUCGUAAACACUGAGAAUCUGAGAGUAUAAAUCGUAGCUUGUCAGCGGCAGUAAUACAUGUAAAACCCAGUUUGAAGAAUAGCAAUUUGAACGACAUAGGCAUCUCCUUACAAAGAACAGAUUCGGGCAAUUAUAAUUUCCUUGAGACAGGAAUUAAGAUUUUCCAAAUCAUGUGAAAACAGUCAGAAAACUGUUAGAAAAUUUGCAUACGAUAUGAAGAGGAGGGACUUAUCACCGCCGCAGUGCUAUCGAGUCAAUCAAUGUUUCCUUCCAUGUCUUCAUGAAGAAAAAAUCAUAACAAAGUUCGAAAUAAAAGAUUUAAUGAAAUCAUAAUGUCAUAAUUCCACCUUUUAAACAACUUAUUAUCCACAUGCAAAACGCAACUUGUCACUUGAACGAAACUCCCCACGGUUAAUAUGUAAUCCGGAUUGCUUCAUGUCCUUCAGAAAAAGGACAGCGAUUUCAUCACCACUAUUUUCCAUACUUUUCUCCCGGAUAUCUUUUACAAGCUUAAAAAAAGAUGAAUAUACCGCAAUCUCCCAGUGAUUUACACGAGAGGAAGUCAAAGGUCUCUUCAAUUUUCCCCUGAGGUGGCCGGCUCACCAGGAAGAAAAAGGAGAUCGUUCGGUCUAAUAUUGUUAGACUGUGGAGAUUAUCAAGCCAAUAACUUGAGAAGAUUAUGCCCUUUCGUUCAUCAGUGACAGCAUUAAUUAUUUCAAAUCUGUAUUUCUCAGUCCAAGUGACACCAAAAAAAGUUCCUUUGUAAUUUUGUAAGCACUUUCUAGAGCAUUUUAUUGUCAAGGGAAAUAAAUCUCAAGGCUUAAAGCCAAUAUAACGUUCGAGCACGUGAAAGAAUCCCUGAAAAAAGCUAAAUUUUGGAAAUUGAUUGUGAUAAAAUCCCUGUUCCGUUUUCUGUACUGCAGGGAUACUGAGUAGUUCAAAAUCUCCACUUUCUGAUGAUUUUCGCGUCGUACAAAUUGCCAUUGUUGCGACUGGGUUUUACAUGUAGUACUGCCGCUGACAAGCUGCGAUUUCUGCCCUCAGAUUCUCAACGUUUACGAGUGUUCAAUUGAGGUUUUCUUCUUUUCUUUGGCUGUUUUUUACUUAAAAUGCGCGGAAAUCUGCUGAUAUAUCCAAAAAUGUCCAUUUCUCGUCUUCUUUGGAGCGAUCGAUGGAAACUUCAUGGAGAAAUACAGCGUCAUGCCAUCGUUACAACGUACAUGUUUAUGACAAAUGACUGGUGUGAGGAUAGUUUCGUAUAGAUCAGCCGACUUCAACAUGUUUCAAAUUACAUACAAGUAUAA